AUGUCAAAUUUCACGCUAUCGUCUGAAAUUAACGGAACAAAUGAAACUUGUCUAACGGAUCUUCAUUGGACUCAAGAGAUGAUCGAUUAUCAACGUCCACUAUUAUACAUUUGUAUUGUCGCUACUAUCACGCAUAGUAUUUUCUGGUUUCAGUUCAUGCUGUAUCCAUCUGUUCGACAAAGGUCCAUGCAAUGGCUUUAUGCUUAUUUAGUAACGGAUAUUCUACUUUUGAUGCGAUUUUUUGUUGGAUUUAUUGUUCAUACCAUGUCGACCGAUUGUACGCCGACUAAAUCAUGGUCUCUGUUUAUUUGCUAUUUCGAAGCAACCUUUGACAAUUAUCUGAAUAUGCUUGAAGUUUAUAUUCUCCUUGCAUUGAAUAUCUGUCGUUACGUACAAAUUGUUCAUAAUCGUAGUGUAUACAUUUCCCAUGUGAAACUACUUGUUUGUUCUCAUCUUAUUAUCUACAUAUUUCCAUUAGCAGCUUUUAUUAUUCAACUACAAAUUAAUUGGGCACGUUUGCGUCAAAAUAUUGGUGCAUCGUGUGAUAUUGACUUCACCAACAUCUAUGCUCAAAUUAUCAAUGUUAUUAUUGGAUUUCUUCUACCAAUUCUUCUAAAUCUCAUUAUUCUUUAUUUGAACAUGCGACACAUUCGUUUAACUUCUCGCUUAGGUAGCGCACAACAUCAUGUCACUGCUCGAGAGAAAUACAAUCGUUCUUUGGUUAUUCAAUUUCUUGUAUUCUACGCCAUAUGGCUUAUACUCUGGUCACCGAACAUUGUUGUUUACCAAUUUACAAGCAAAACAUCAAGUAUUACAGUUAUCGCUUCAUUAUUGAACUAUAUUGAAAUUGCUCUUGAUCCAGUCAUCAUUGGCGCAUUAGAUGUUCGUUUCCAGCAUAUUUGGCGAAGUUCCCGCAGACGUAUCUUGAAUGCUCUAUGUUCCGAAGGAGCAAACGCACGUCGAGUUGCACCGGCAACAACGGAUAUGUUUCGCUCAUCUGCAUAUGGUAGAAGUGCUGCAUCUAUCCAAGCGAAACAAGCUCGUAUUCUCACAACUCACAGCAAUGCAUUGCCUGCUCCAAUAAUUUAG